CAUCAUUGGCAUGCAGUUUGGCACUAUCGAUCGAUCAUUUUGUACUAAACAAUUGCUGUUUCUGGCAUGCUCUUCUCUAUAAAUAGAUCACACCUUAAGCAGAUAUAUUAACGUACACUAACUGCAGUGUGUCGUACCUUUGAUUGUAGCCAUGAAAAGUUCUUUCACCAGCAGUUUUAAUCGUCUUCGUCGUUGUUUUUUGUUAGUUAUCAUCUUAUUUGCAUUGAGUUCGGAUGUGAAAGCCCAAUUGAGUACGGAUUUCUACCAGCAAUCUUGUCCAAAUCUUCUCAAAAUAGUCCGGAAAGAGAUUCAGAAUGCUAUCAAAUCCGAAAUGAGAAUGGCUGCUUCUUUACUUCGGCUUCACUUCCACGACUGCUUUGUCAACGGUUGUGACGCGUCAAUACUACUCGAUUUAACUGAUGGCGAGAAGUCUGCCUUUCCGAACGUGAACUCGGCAAGAGGGUUUGAAGUUAUCGACGCAAUCAAAAGCUCCGUGGAGAAUUCUUGUAGUGGCGUUGUUUCUUGCGCUGAUAUACUUGCCAUUGCUGCCCGGGAUUCUGUGGUGUUAAGUGGAGGAAAUUCAUGGAAAGUUUUACUGGGAAGAAGAGACGGGUUUGUGGCAAACCAGACGGGGGCAAAUGUUGGGCUUCCUUCACCAUUUGACGCACUUGAUGUGAUCAUUUCAAAGUUCACCAAUGUAGGCCUAAACGUUACAGACGUGGUGUCUUUAUCAGGAGCUCAUACAAUUGGGUUAGCAACGUGUCGAACUUUCAGCAACAGAUUAUUCAACUUCUCAGGAACUGGCGGUCCAGACAGCACAUUAGAUUCAACUAUGGCAACUGAUCUACAGAAUCUAUGCCCUGUGACGAGCGACGGAUUCAACACGGCAGCUCUUGAUCGGAACUCGAAAGAUCUAUUCGACAACCAUUACUUUCAGAACUUGAUCAACGGAAAGGGUCUUCUCGGUUCUGAUCAGAUUUUAUUUUCUAGUGAUGGAGCCGAAACAACAAGUACGAAAAGCUUGGUUCAAAGCUAUAGCACUAAUUCCAACCUUUUCCUGACAGAUUUUGCUAAUUCUAUGAUCAAAAUGGGGAGUAUAGCCCCACUUACUGGGUCUGCUGGAGAAGUAAGAAAGAACUGCAGGGUUGUUAAUUCUUGAAUAAUUAGCAGAUAGAGUCAAAAAGUUGCUUAUUGUAAUCAGAACUAGUAAGUAGUUUUUAUUAGUUUCCGCAUAUAACUUUCAGUUAAUAAUGCCUCGAGAAAGAAAUUAAGUUAAUUUUGUGACUUUUAAUCAAUUAAGCAACAUGUGUGAGCGCGUUUUCUUUG